CGCUAGUCGCUGGCCGCUCGUGGCCGCGACACUGAUUGCUUUCGGGUCGCGGCCAGACGCCCAGUGCUCACCGCCAUUCGCCAGUACUCUGCGGACUGCAGCGAACGGCAGCCAUGUCCGACGCGGAGCUCAUCUUGCGGACUCUGUUGAACAGAGUACUGGACGAGCGAGGCUACGUGCCGAGAAAUGUGAAAGUAGAAGAAGUGUCGUCCGAUGGCUCCAACUACACGACCAAACUGUUCACCAUCCGGGUGGACUCGCCGGAACAUGUUCAUUUAAACUUGUUCGCCAAAGUUGCCACGCUAAUCGGCAAUCUACGCGAGCGGAUGGGCGCGGACUGGUUGUAUGACACCGAGAGGUUUGUGUACACGGAGCUCUCCGAACUCUACGAACACUUACAGGACAAGUUUGACGUCCCGGCGGAAGACAGAUUCAAUUUCCCGAAGUUCUAUGGAUAUAGUGCGGAGCGUGGCGAGGAAACUAUUAUUAUGGAGAACUUGACAAACGCCGGUUACGUUUCGCUCGGCAGGUUUGAGUCGAUGGAGUGGGAGCACGCUGCGUCUGCCAUGGACACACUGGCCAAGCUUCACGCUUUGUCGUUCGCCUACGCCAAAUAUUACCCUGAACGAUUCGAAAAAGAAGCAGCCGGCAGGGAAUACUUGGUCGGCGGCGGUGGAGACCCGCAUGACGAGAGCACGAAGUUGUUGUGGGAGAAGAUGAUGAGCGGGGCAGUAGCGGCUGUGAAGGAUGAUCAAAAGCAAAGAUUGACCGACUUUUUAUUAAGUAGCACGGACUUUAAGAAGUACAACAAACCAAAUGGCGGGCCAGUGUUAGUGCACGGAGACUACAGACUCAGUAAUGUUCUGUUUAAAAAAGUGGGUGGAAAGUUAAAAUCCAUAGUAGUGGACUUUCAAACGCUCCACGCGGCAAACCCGGCCGUGGACAUCAUCUACUUUGUGUUCCUGGGCUCCGACGAGCUGUUCCGUGAGAAGUAUUACCACCAACUGCUGGAUCACUACUACACAAGGCUGUGCAGCGCCCUACAGAGGUUCCAGUUAGAUCCCCUCGAGGUGUACUCAAGAGAGAAGUUUGACGAAGAUAUUCAAAUAACCUUGCCGUACGCCGUGCUGCUGGGCGUGACGGUACUGCCCGUGGUCACGGUGGAAGCUGCCUCCGCGCCGCAGCUGGCUGGGGACGCUGAUAUCGACAACAUCAUCGUGUCGCCCAACCAGCUGUACCAGGCGCGCUUCAGCGGCAUCGUCGACGACCUGAUACGACUGGGGGCCCUAUAGACCCCACCCACCUCUCUCACCUAGCUUAUUUAUUGUUUAUUAAAUGAACGUCUUCGAUAUUGUCAGCAUCCAGACCGUGUCGGAACGACCGACGCUAGAAGGGUCGAAAAUUAAAAAAAAACUAUUGUUUAAUGUACGUAUUUAUUGUAACAUCAUUAGUAUCAUCAAUCAACGGUAUUAUUAACAAUAAUAAAAAUAAAUUAAUUAUUAAUUAUCAAUAA